AUGGACAGGAUUCCCGACGUCGUCCACGUUGUGUCCACGUUCGGUUUGGUUGCUGGUCUUCUUCGCAAUAAAAAAAUUCCCAACGAACUUAUUAAUUCUGCGGGAUUUAUGGCAAUCGUAAAUCUGGUCAACUCCGCCUCACCAGACUUUGAGUCCGAGGGCGCGAAAAAUUUAUCUUUUGGCGCCAAAACCAGUCAAGACUCCGAGGAGCUCGUUUCCUUACUUGCCGAAAGAUCAGCCAGAAUAAAUUCCCUUGAAGUGGAAGUGAAGGAACUUCAAGCACGGAUUUCACAUCUCGAAUCGAGCACGGAGGCAAGUUUAGACGAUUCUUCCCUCCUUAAUUCUCCAUGUUGCUCAUCUACUCCGUCAAGUUCUUCUAGUUCCUCGUGUAGUUCAAUUGAUGACACAAAGAACCGACCUGAUUUAGGAACAAUAAACAAGAAAAGACAAAGAAUCACAUUAGACAUAUUAGAACACACGGAACACACGCCAAGAGGAUCUCGUCAGUCGGCCAGACGCAGCACAUUUGAACAAUUUGAAGAAACGAUAAAUCAGUUAUUCUUUCUGAUGAACAAAAUGUUGUCAUCAAAGAAUUUCUUUGAAGAAACAUUGAGUAUUUUGACAAGUUUUGGCUACGGUUCAGAUCACCCGGAUUUAGUGCGAUGUAAAAUCUCUCUUCCACGGCUUUUAUUGUGCGAGAACUUUCAAGAGGUUCCUCAGUUGAAGUCGCACCCUGACCGAAGCUGGCUAGAAUCUCUUUCCAACGCGGCAGAUGGAGUUGAGAGCCCUGAUAUUUCAUCAUUUGGAGAAGACAAUAACAACUGGGACAGCAACGAAGAAUUCAACGAACCAAGUAAAAUUUCUAGUCAAGAAAACCGUGAAGGCGAACAUCACUACCGCCUUACAAAUCCAUCCCAAAGGGAUGAAAACGGAAGAAUGAGCAUCUCACAGGAGGCAAUGGAAACACCAAUUGAAGUCAGUGAUGGACAGCAUGACGUCCUUAAAGCUUCUUUUCAGGGAGGAGAUAUGGUUACAGACAGCAGUGAAGACCGCGAUGUACUUCCUACAAAUGGGGCUUACGGCUUCGACAAGGAUUGGAAUACCCAAGCUGUUGCCCAUCCAAAAACACCAGGAGAUUUCCAUGAGAGAAGUUCGAAAAAAAAAAUAUCUUUUUUUUUGAAAGGUGGACGCCGAAGCGAUCUUCCGUCGGGCCACAGUUCACAAAGGGAUCCAAGUGAGGAUUACUUUGGAACGAAUCCCUUCAGUUUAGAUCCCAAUUUUCUCGCGCGUCAUUCUUUUGAGUGCAAUGCAUCUGAUGAGCGCUGGAAUUCUUGUGGCCCAUCUGAAGACUUUGAAAUGCAUGCAGGUUCACACUCCGAGUACAACAGAUCUCAGUUGAAGUCGCACCCUGACCGAAGCUGGCUAGAAUCUCUUUGCAACGCGGCAGAUGGAGUUGAGAGCCCUGAUAUUUCAUCAUUUGGAGAAGACAAUAACAACUGGGACAGCAACGAAGAAUUCAACGAACCAAGUAAAAUUUCUAGUCAAGAAAACCGUGAAGGCGAACAUCACUACCGCCUUACAAAUCCAUUCCAAAGGGAUGAAAACGGAAGAAUGAGCAUCUCACAGGAGGUAAUGGAAACACCAAUUGAAGUCAGUGAUGGACAGCAUGACGUCCUUAAAGCUUCUUUUCAGGGAGGAGAUAUGGUUACAGACAGCAGUGAAGACCGCGAUGUACUUCCUACAAAUGGGGCUUACGGCUUCGACAAGGAUUGGAAUACCCAAGCUGUUGCCCGUCCAAAAACACCAGGAGAUUUCCAUGAGAGAAGUUCGAAAAAAAAAAGAUCUCUUUGUUUGAAAGGUGGACGCCGAAGCGAUCUUCCGUCGGGCCACAGUUCACAAAGGGAUCCAAGUGAGGAUUACUUUGGAACGAAUCCAUUCAGAUUAGAUCCCAAUUUUCUCGCACGUCAUUCUUUUGAGUGCAAUGCAUCUGAUGAGCGCUGGAAUUCUUGUGGCCCAUUUGAAGAUUUUGAAUUGCAUGCAGGUACACACUCGGAGUACAACAGAUCUCAGUUGAAGUCGGACCCUGACCGAAGCUGGCUAGAAUCUCUUUGCAACGCGGCAGAUGGAGUUGAGAGCCCUGAUAUUUCAUCAUUUGGAGAAGACAAUAACAACUGGGACAGCAACGAAGAAUUCAACGAACCAAGUAAAAUUUCUAGUCAAGAAAACCGUGAAGGCGAACAUCACUACCGCCUUACAAAUCCAUUCUCAACUCGUGAUGGUUUUCGGGCGCAAAAAUCAUCCCCCGACUUAGUCCAAAUACCCAAAACUGUUCCAGCGAAGACCUUAGCACUGCCUCAAUCUUCAAGUUUCCUCGAAGAUGGAUCUAAGGCAAAUCUCCCGUUGACAGUCAGAGGGUUUCCCAUUGGUAAUGCGCGGGCAAGUACUCCGCCAAAUAUCUUCCCAAAUGGACAUGUACUCGCCGAAAGGCCGAUGUUGUCAUCGCAGUUGGAAAGAAGAGAUGACGCUCCGGGAUUUCUUCUUGACGGGGAAAGAGCAGGAGCUGGUCAGGGUCUGUUAAACAGUAAUUCAAACACAUCUACUGACGAGUCAUUGGCCGAACUCGAACAACUUGUGGCUGAAGCUUGCUCUCUCGUCGGGAGAACGUUGAAAGAAAGACAAGAGGGAAAGAAAUUGAUGAAAGAAACUGAGCGAAAAAGAAAAGAUAGACGGGAAAGGAAAGAACAACAAGCACGAGAAAGAAAACAAAGGGAAGCGAGAGAAACGGAACUCAUGAAUGAAAGAGUAGAAAGGAACUCCACGAGCAGUGGACAAGAAACACCUUCGCAAGACUCGGCUCCUGCUGGGGUUCAACAAUGGCUGUGUGAACAUUAUCAGCGGCUCUACCGUGUCAAGUUCUCAUGCUGUGGAAAGUUCUUUCCUUGUCAUCGUUGUCAUAACAACUCUGGGUGCCCAAAUGAUAAUUCCAAAGCAAUAGAGGCGUGUUCUCUUGAGUGCUCUGUUUGUAGCCAUCAACAAGAGAUCAAUCAGGACGCCCACACCUGUGUUAGAUGCAAAAUAAGGUUCUCAGCAUAUUUCUGCUCGGCGUGUAAACACUUCACGGGGAAGGAUAAAGCUCCUUAUCAUUGCAAAAAAUGUGGUAUCUGCCGUAUCUACAAGGACAACUCCUUCCACUGCGAUGAGUGUAACGUUUGUCUGAGAAAAGGGCUGGAAGGAAGUCAUUCCUGUCGAACAGAUUCAGGACACGAUGAGUGUUGCAUCUGUUUGGAGGACACUUUCAACGGUUGUGAGAUCCUGCCAUGCUCACACAAGGUUCAUCAAGAGUGUGCUAUUGCUAUGAGGGAGAAUGGCGUUGGCAGCUGCCCUAUUUGUCGCCAUUCUUUGUUCAGUCAGACAGGAAUGAAUGAAUAA